AUGGAAAGUUUUAACUCGGCACCGAAGAUGAGGCUCUGUAGAUUAAUUUCAGAACGGACUGCGGAAAUUUGUUUACUUGUUUUGUCUAUACUUUUGGGUACUUUACGUGCAGAAUAUUUACAAGAAUUUGAAAUAUCUGAAGGCGUUGGAAUUAGUACUACUAUUGGUCACAUUGGCCAAAACGGCCGCGGACUCCCGAAGCCUCCACAACCGCCAUAUUUGAUUGUUCCAGUUCCCGGUAGUGCUGUGGAUUCAGACCUUCACAUUGAUCAGUCCACUGGGGAGAUAAGAACGAACGUAGUUUUGGAUCGCGAAGUAAGAAGUUUUUAUUCAUUUGUAGCGAUUCCAUUAAGUGGGGAAAAUAUUCGCGUUUCCAUUAAAGUUAAGGACGAAAAUGACAAUGCUCCAGAAUUUUCCACUCCAAUUAUGACCAUUGACUUUCCAGAGAACACUCCUAAAGAUGUGAAGAGGACAUUGAAUCCUGCUAAAGAUCGAGAUCUGGGCUUGUUUAAUACUCAGCGUUACAAAAUAGUUUCUGGCAAUGUGAAUAACGCCUUUCGUUUGUCCUCUCAUCGCGAGCGUGAUGAAGUUUUGUAUCUAGAUCUGCAGAUAAAUGGCGUUUUGGAUCGAGAGACAACCCCUUUCUAUACUUUAGUGAUUGAAGCUUAUGAUGGAGGAACUCCUCCUAUGAAAGGGUCGAUGACUGUAAACAUAACGAUUCAAGAUGUUAAUGAUAAUCAGCCAAUUUUCAAUCAGAGCAGGUAUUUCGCAACUGUUGCCGAAAAUGCUACUCUUGGUACUAGCGUUUUGAGAGUUUUCGCUACUGAUACUGAUUCUGGGGAAAAUGGAAGAACAACUUACUCAAUUAAUCGGAGGCAAAGUGAUCGAGAAAAUAUCUUUGUUAUUGACCCUAAGACAGGAGUCAUUUCUGUCAACAAGCCUCUUGAUUUCGAAUCACGUGAUGUUCACGAAUUAGUGGUGGUUGCACGCGACAAUGGCGCUCAGCCUCUCGAGACCACGGCCUUCGUCUCCAUACGCAUCACGGAUGUAAAUGACAACCAACCCACAAUCAACCUUAUAUUCUUAAGCGAUGAUGCUUCCCCAAAGAUAUCCGAGGAUGCCAAACCGGGAGAAUUUGUGGCACGGAUAAGUGUGAAUGACCCAGACUCUAAAGAAGAAUAUGCUAAUGUAAACGUUACUUUGCAAGGCGGUGAUGGCCAUUUCGGAUUGACCACUCAGGACAACAUCAUUUACUUAGUCAUUGUAUCCUAUCCCUUGGAUAGAGAAGUCAGACCUAAUUACACAAUGGUUGUCAGUGCAACUGACCAAGGAAACCCUCCUUUAAAUGCGUCCCGAACAUUUGAAUUAGCGGUAACAGAUACAAAUGAUAAUGCUCCGGAAUUUGACCAUAUUGUUUACUAUGCAUAUGUGUUAGAAGUUGCAGACCCUGGGACAUCAGUAUUUCAGUUAUCAGCCGUUGAUAGGGAUGAAGGAAAUAAUUCACUUAUUACAUACUCUAUUAAACACACUCCUGAAACCCAUUCUAAAUGGUUUCAAAUCGAUAGCAAAACUGGCUUGAUUACUACAAGAACACACAUAGACUGUGAGACUGAUCCAAUGCCACAAGUCACUGUCGUGGCCACUGAUGGAGGAUCUACACCGCUAUCUUCUAGCACCACUGUCAUUGUGACCAUUAGUGACGUCAAUGACAACGAACCAAUCUUUGAUCAAAGUUUUUACAACGUUACAGUACGAGAGAAUGAGGAUGUCGGCAAGUGCAUCUUAAAGGUUUCAGCAACAGAUCCAGACUGUGGGGUCAACGCCAUGGUUAACUACACGUUGAGUGGUGGUAAAGGUACGGCCUUUUCGCGAGAUUUCACAGUGCAUGUUGAUCGUGGGGAAUUGUGUAUCAGAAAAGCUUUAAACUAUGAACUAAGGAAUUCAUACGAGAUACCCGUUCUUGCGACUGAUCGAGGAGGAUUAAGUACGACAGCUAUGAUUAAAGUGCAAGUUAUUGAUGUCAAUGACAAUAAACCAAUUUUUUACCCUGGAGAAUACAACGUUAGUUUAAGAGAACAAACCGACUUUCCAUCUCCUGUUGUUGUAGUUGUAGCUAGUGACUCAGACUCCGACAUUUUUGGGCAUAUUACUUAUCACAUUGAAUCUGGGAACAACGAAGGGCUUUUUAGGAUUGACAAAAAUACUGGAGAGAUUUUUGUCACAAGGCAACUGGAUACAAAUAUUCAGAUGCAUCAUCUAAUUAUAUCGGCCACAGAUGGGGGAGGUUUCAUUUCUGACACCAAUGCUCAUGUCUAUGUUAGUAUACUCAACCCAAGCCAACAACCACCAAUAUUUGAACAGGCACGAUAUAGUUUCUCUGUAAGAGAAGAUGUUUCUGCCCAGACUGUAGUUGGUACUGUUCUAGCUACCAGCACUGACCAAGAUAGUGAAGGGAUCAAAUACUCCAUCUAUUCUGGAGAUCCUGAGGGCUACUUUACAAUUAAUCCUGUUUCAGGAUCAAUUGCUACCAGAGGAAGUAUUGACCAUGAAACUCAUCCAGUUUUGUUGCUCAAUGUCCAAGCAACAAGUGGACAUCCUCCAUCAUAUGGGCAUACACAAGUGAAAAUUGAAAUUUGGGACGUGAAUGACAAUUCUCCUUAUUUUGAAAGCACAUCUUUGACAAUCAGUGUGCCAGAAAGCACCGAGUUACAGGUACCUAUUUAUGUGACACAUGCUGAAGAUUUGGACAGCAGCAAGAAUGGAGCUGUCCAUUAUCAACUAGUGCAGGAGCCACAUGAUGUCUUCAGCAUUGAUAGAGACAGUGGAAGCAUUAUGGUUUAUCAUCACCUAGACUACGAGAAGCAGCAGCAAUAUGUUUUAAUGGUUCGAGCUACUGAUGGAGGAGUACCCCCACUUUCUUCCACCAUGACUUUGACGGUUGAAGUUCAGGAUGUUAAUGAUAAUCCACCAGUUUUUAUAAAAACAGAAUACAAUGUAAACAUUUUAGAGUCAUUGCCAGUGAAUUCCCAGUUUCUGCAAGUUACUGCAGCAGACAAAGACACUGGAAAUAAUGCUAGGCUAACUUAUAAGUUAAACAAUAGUAAGCUCAGUGACAAGUUUGGGAUCUUUCCAAAUAGUGGGUUUCUGUAUCUAAGAGAAAUGUUGGACCGUGAGGAACGUGACCAAUACACACUGAGUAUCUUUGCUGUGGAUAAUGGUAGUCCUUCUCAAACAGCAAGUACUACAGUAUUCCUACAUGUCCUGGACGACAAUGACAAUGAUCCAGAAUUUAUUCAGAAAAAUUUUGUUUUUAAAGUGGAAGAAAAUACUGAAAAAGGGAGACUUGUGGGAACUGUAUCUGCCACUGACAAGGAUCUUGGAAAUAAUGCAUCAUUACGAUACAGCCUCUUAAAUUCCAACAAUACAUUCCAGAUUAACCCUAUCACAGGUGAACUCUACACAAAGCACACUUUAGACAGAGAAAAGCAGCCUGUUUAUGAAUUAAGCACAGAAGUGCGAGACCAAGGUACACCAUCCCGAUCAAGUCAAGCCAUAGUACAAGUCCAAGUGACUGAUGUCAAUGACAAUUCCCCUGUAUUUGUGGAACCCACAGAUAGAGUAAUAGAAGUGAGAGAGGAACAACCAAAAGGAACAGAAACCGUUCGUGUUCAUGCAGUAGAUGCAGACGAGGGAGAAAACUCUUCAGUUGUUUAUGAUAUUGUGCCAGGGACAGAGAAGAGUGAUGGUUCUUCUGUAUUUUCCAUUCACAAAACACAAGGACGCAUCACAACAAAACGUGUGUUAGACCAUGAAGAUCAACAGGCUUACAUCUUAACUGUUGUUGCUCGUGAUCAUGGUCUGCCCCAACAUGAGACUUUUCUUCAACUAAAGAUAAAGGUUCUAGAUCUAAACGACAACCAACCAAUUUUUCCCACGUCAAGCUUCACUUUUCGUAUUGCUGAAGGGUUUAAAGUUGGUGAAGAAGUUGGAUUAGUACAGGCAGUGGACCAAGAUGGUGGAGAAAAUGGACGGAUCACAUACUCCAUUCUUGGAGGAAACCUAUAUGGAGUUUUUGAUAUUGACAAAACCUCUGGCAGCUUGUUCACGGUGAGAGAGAUUGACUAUGAGAUGACACCUGAAUAUAUCUUGCAAGUGAAAGCCUUGGAUAGCAGUACUACUAACCCCCGCAGCAGUGUGAUAAGUGUGAAAGUAGAUAUUGAGGAUGUUAAUGACUGUGCUCCAGUGUUUGAAGCUGACCCUAUCAUCUUCUCCAUACCUGAGAGCACUGAACCUGGUUCAAAUGUCUGGAAAUUUACUGCUACUGACAACGACAGUGGAGUAAACAGUCUUUUAAAAUAUGCUAUCACUCAUCAGUCACCAGCCAGUGUUUUUAAAAUUGACCAAAAUACAGGAGAGCUGACAUUAACACAUACAUUAGAUUAUGAAGAGUUCCCUGAGUACACGAUUGUUGUUACUGCAACUGACCAAGCAAAGAAGGUUGAACAACGUCAAGCCACUAGCGUAACUUGUAAAAUGAUUAUUGAAGAUGAAAAUGAUAACAGCCCUGUGUUCCAGACAAGAAAUCAAGUUGAAGUGAUGGAGGAUGAACCUGUAGGUUUUCCUUUACUUAACAUAAUAGCUACAGAUAAAGAUGCUCGUGAUAAUGGCCAUGUUUCAUACACCAUUAGUAAAGGUAAUGAAAAAGGCCACUUUGCCCUGGACCAUGAAACAGGACUCUUAUCUAUAGCUUUUCCACUGGAUCGUGAAGACAGUCAUUUCUUUGAACUGAAUAUAACAGCUAGUGAUCAUGGAAAACCUCCUCAUUCAACAUUUAAACUCCUAAAGAUUCAUGUUCAAGAUGUUAAUGAUAAUUCACCAAGAUUUGAACAGCCUGUUUAUAAGGCCAACAUUUCAGAAAAUUCUAGAAGUGGAACAUUUGUCAUUAAAGUCCAGGCUAUUGACAAAGAUUUAGGUAUAAAUGGUAACCUGACAUAUGUUAUUCCUAUGGGAAUAGCAAAUGACAAAUUUACCAUUGAAAGUCAAACAGGUAAAAUUUUUACAAAAGCUCUUCUGGAUCGGGAAGAACAACCACGGUAUUUUAUAACAGUUUAUGUCAAAGAUGGAGCUUUUCCUGAGCAUUACAAUACCACAACUGUUGAGGUAGAACUUCUGGAUGUCAACGAUCAUGCUCCUGUUUUUACUGGCUCUUGUUAUCCAUUAGAAGUCCCAGAGAAUAGUGAGCAUAGUGUUGUACAUACAGUGGUAGCAAGUGAUUUGGAUGCUGGUCAAAAUGCUGAAGUCACUUAUACAAUAACAGGUGGAAAUGUUGGAAGUAAGUUCAGCAUUGACCCUUACUCUGGAGAGCUUUCAAGUGGACCCCUUGAUCGAGAACAAAUUGCACUCUACAGUAUUAUAAUCACUGCUCGAGACCGAGGCCAACCUUCCCGGUCAGGAUCAUGUAACAUAACCAUUGUAGUUCUUGAUCAGAAUGACAACAGUCCUCAGUUUGAACAGAGCGAGUAUAGAGCCACCUUAUCUGAGGAUGCACCAAUCAAUACUACAGUUCUUGUUAUCCAUGCUCAAGAUCGUGAUCAACAUAUGAACAGCAAGAUUACAUACUCUUUAAGUAAUGAAACCCUGUCAUUAUUUAAAAUUGAUAGUGAAUCUGGUGUUGUCACAAGCACUGGACAUUUUAACAGAGAAAAGAGAGAUUCGUACAAGUUUGAAGUACAAGCCACUGAUAGUGGAAAGUAUGAUGCUCGAUUGGAACGAGCAAUUGUUUAUGUUAGUGUUGCUGAUGUUAAUGACAAUAGGCCCGUGUUUCUAAAUUAUCCCUACUUUACUACUGUAUCUGCUCAUGCACAUCCUGGCACUCAAGUUGUGCAUCUUGAAGCUAAUGAUGGUGAUGAAGGUCCUAAUGCUGCACUAGUUUACAGCUUUGUAAGCUCAGCUAUGGCUGGAAAGUUCCACCUUGACAGAGAUAGUGGAAUGGUGACUGUUUCAGGUAGUCUGUUGUCUGACGCAGGCACUGUGUUCCACAUUGAAGUCACAGCUACUGACAGAGGUCGGCCAGCAAAAACUACAUUGGAUAUCUUGGAAAUUUACGUGGAGAAUGGUACUCCUCCACCAAUGCUAAAGUUUCAAAAUAAAAGUUACAUUAUAGAAUUACCUGAAAAUGCUCCAAUGGGACUGGAAGUCACAACUGUGAAAGUCAGUGCUCCAUCUGGUCGAUCAGUUGUAAUUACUUAUUCUUUGAUCAAUGAAAGUCCUGAAGGAGCAUUCAGCAUUUCUCGUAACUCAGGAGUCAUCCGAGUUAAAAACUCGUCACUUCUGGAUUUUGAAAGGUUUCAGACAAUGAAAGUUUUGAUUGUAGCAAAAACAGAGGAAGCUGAACCAGUAUAUGGCUAUACUGCUUUAACUGUCCACUUAGUGGAUCAGAAUGAUAACCCUCCUCGUUUUGCCCAAGAACAUUACACAGCUUCAGUCUGGGAAGGAAAUCACAAAAGCACCUAUGUUACUCAGGUUUCUGCAUUAGAUGAAGAUCAGGGAGGUAUUGGAAACAUAAUUUACCACAUCAUAGAUGGAAACCAUGACAAUGCCUUUGUGAUUGAACCACCAUACAGUGGUAUUGUAAAGACCAACAUUGUCUUGGAUAGAGAAAUAAGAGAUACUUACCAUCUGACAAUCAUAGCAACAGAUGAAGGAACACCUCAGUUGACAGGAACCUGUACCCUAAGAAUUACUAUUGUUGAUAUUAAUGACAAUCAACCUGUUUUUCCCCCUCACAAUGUUGUCAGCAUCAGUGAAGGAGCCAAGGUGGGCACAGUAAUCACGACAAUUACAGCAAAUGAUGUAGAUACCAACCCUCCUCUCAUCUACAGUUUUGCUGCUGGUGGGAACCCAAGUGGCAUCUUUAGCAUUGACCGAUUCAGUGGACACAUUACUCUCACCCAGCCUCUAGACCAUGAAAAACAAAAGCAAUAUCAGCUUCAGAUUCAAGCUUCAGAUUCAGCCCAUCUUGCAGAGACAUACUUAAUUGUUCAUGUAACAGAUAUCAAUGACAAUGCUCCAGUAUUCUCCCAGAAUUCUUAUGAGGUCCAUCUACCUGAACUUGUAAGUCCUGGAUAUGAAGUGCUUAAAAUUAAUGCUACUGAUGAAGACACUGGAAUAAAUGCUCAUAUUAGUUAUAGUCUUGUGUCCACAUCAGUUGAAGGAUUUUAUAUAAAUGAAAAAACUGGUAUGAUACAUACCAAUAAAUCACUAGCAUUUGACCCUAAGCAACCAGUUCUCCAUCUGGUGGUGACAGCUAAAGAUAAGGGUAAUCCUUCCCUCUUUAGUGCUGCUGCUGUGCAGGUUCAUCUAAAGGAUAUAAAUGAUAAUGCACCAAAGUUCUCAAAAUUAGUCUACAGUACUCAUGUGUCAGAAGAAUCGGAGCCAGGUACAACAGUGACUAAAGUGUCAGCAACUGACUUGGAUAAAUCUAGAGCUAACAGCAAUAUUUUCUACAACAUAAUUAGUGGGAAUGUAGGACAGAAAUUUUCCAUUGAUGGCAACAAUGGAGAGAUUAUUUUAGUUAAAGUAGUUGAUCGUGAAGAAACUCCAAAUUAUUCUCUCAAGGUGAUGGCUAUGGACAGAGGUAGCCCUGUCAAGAAUUCUACUGCAGAAGUGUUGAUCUACAUUGAUGACAUCAAUGACCAUGCACCAUCAUUCAAUCAAAGCCAUUACGAAGCUUCUGUUUCAGAGAUGGCUCCCAUUGGCACAUCUGUAAUUCAGGUUAUGGCCUUGGACAAAGAUGAGGCUGCACAGGCCAACAUAAUUUAUGAUAUUACAUCAGGAAAUAGUAACACAAAGUUUCAUAUAGACUCUCAGACUGGGAUGAUCACAUUAAUAGACAAUUUAGACUAUGACUUAGUGCCAGAGUACAAGUUUAUUGUUCGUGCAACUGACAAUGAUUCAGAACACCUUAUGUCAGCCCUAGCCAGUGUUACCAUAAACAUAGCUGAUGAGAAUGACCACGAACCCUAUUUUCCUCUCCAAAUGUACACUGAAUUUGUGGAAGAGAACACACCAGCUGGUACCUCAGUAUUUGUAGCCCAGGCAACUGAUGGAGAUAGGGGUAUUUUUGGAAAACUUAACUAUUCUCUUUCAGAUGGAGAAGGCAAAGAGAAGUUUAAUAUCAACACUGAAACAGGUGUUGUCACAACAGGUAGUGUAUUUGAUUAUGAGUCAAAGAAUAGAUAUUACUUCACCAUCAUGGCUGUGGAUAAAGGAGGAAAAUAUGCUAGUGUACAAGUCCAGGUGAACAUACAGAGUAAAGAUGAGUAUCCUCCAGAGUUUACUUACAACACCUAUCACUUUACAGUUCCCGGAGAUGCACCUGUUGGCUAUGUGGCUGGCAAGGUGAAUUCUGUUGAUAGGGAUGAAGGUGUUGAUGGACGCAUAAUGUACAAAUUUCGUGACUCCUCUAAAUAUUUCAAAAUCAACAGUACAUCUGGUGUGGUCACAGUAAGGGAACUUUUUAGAUAUAAUCAGUUGGAACACCACAGGGACUCAUUUAACCAAGAUAUUUCCCUUGUGGUUGUGGCAAGCAGUGGCCGACCCAAAUCUCUCACUGCUCUUGCAGCAGUUGAAUUAACAAUUGACUUUUCUUUGAAUGCAUCUCACACAGCAUCUGCAGAAGAAAAGCUAGAAGGUGGUCUUCCUGCCUGGGGAUUAGGCUUAGUUAUAGGUUUGGCUAUUAUUGCAAUUGUUCUAAUGACAAUGAUUUUCUUUCUUCGUAUGCGCCACAAGCGUAGUGGUAAGCCUUCAGUUGCUCAAGGAUUUGAUAAUUCUUUUGAUACUAUUGACAUAAGAGCUCCUCCAUCAAGCUCAUCAGGAAUUUCUCAGUUUCCUCCACACUACAAUGACAUUGCCCACUUUGACCCACCCACUCGGGGUCAACAUGUAACUGGAGCCACUUCAGAAGUGUCAGACCAGUCCCAUUCUGCAUCUAGUGGUCGAGGUUCAGUUGAAGAAGGAGAAGAUGUUGAAGAUGAAGAGAUAAGAAUGAUUAACGAAGGCCCAUUGAUGCAACAACAAAAAAUGCAGCGACUUGGUGUUCCAGAUUCUGGCAUACAUGAUGAUGAUAAUCUUUCAGACACUUCCAUCCAAAAUACACAGGAAUACCUUGCACGGCUGGGCAUUAACACUUCACAUCCUGAUGCUCGUAGUAGUCAAGACUUCAGCAAAUUGUCUAGUACAAACAGUGUAGAAAGCAUGCAUAUGUUUGAUGAAGAAGGUGGAGGAGAAGGGGAUGGCAUGGAUAUUAGUAACUUAAUUUACACUAAGUUGAACAAUGUCAGUACUGAGGAUGAAGAUGCAAUAAUGGAUGGCACCAGACCUUUUGGGUUUGGAGAUGCACCUGAACCUUCUAUGACAGGAUCUUUAAGCUCAAUUGUCCACAGUGAGGAAGAACUUACUGGUAGUUAUAACUGGGACUACCUGUUAGAAUGGGGACCCCAGUAUCAACCUCUUGCCCAUGUGUUUGCAGAGAUAGCCAGGUUAAAGGAUGACAGUGUACCCCCUCCAUAUGCACCUAAAAAAACUUUAAAUCCUCAAGUGAAGACAAUACCCCCACCUUUGAUAACCAAUGUGGCACCUUGUUAUGUUAGUCCUGUUGCUCUUAGUUCUGGAUACACUAGUCAGGCUACAACAUUGCCAUCCUUGCCACGGUCUCCCAUCACACAUGAAAGUACGUUUGCUUCUUCUGCUAUGUCUCCCAGCUUUUCACCUUCCCUUUCUCCAUUGGCCACACGAACUCCAUCAAUUUCUCCUUUAGUUACUCCUGGUAAUGCUUCGUCAGCUCAGGUGCUUGGUCUUGUUGACCAGAAUCAUCCACGGUCACACUGUCUCUCAAACCAUAUUAUUACAGGCUCAUCAGGAUCAGAGACAGAACUUCAGAUCUAAACUCUUCAGAUUACUAUUUUUGGAUGACUUUUAAUUAUUUAUUUUUUGUAAACUUUUUAUGAGUGUAGUGAGUCAGUGAAGAGUACUGUGAAGGUUGUACAUAUGUACAUGGACAAUAUCUAGCAAACAAUUUAUUGCAAUAAGGGGCCAAAAUUCCAAAGAUAUUCUGAUACAGUUUUUGUAUGCCCAGUUGCUACUCCAGUGAUGUAAUGGGUGUCCUAUUGUUCAGUAAAUAUUGGCCAUUGGUUAUAAUUGAUCAUGGUAUGAGGAAAAAAAUAUUUCAUAUCUUGUUUUGAAAAGAUUUUUUGCUUGGUGCCAAGGCUCAGCUAUUGAAAAGUUGAAUUUUUUGUUCAAAAGCUAUUACCUUGUACAAUUGCAUUAUUAAAUCAAACUUUUACACUUUUUGCUAGGUUAUGUUUAAAUUAUAACCUGUUGGUUGAAUGUAAAAAUUAAUUGAGAAGCUGGAAACUCAUGCACAGAUAAAAUAGAGGCACUAUGAUAUUAAUAGUAUUUUAAAUACGAAAAAAUAAAUAAAUUUGUUUGUGCCAUACAAGAUCAUAAAUGUAUACAGUUUAUCACUUCAAAAAUAACAUAGUGCAGGAUUUUGAACAAAUACUGUAAAUAUGGCUUGUUGGUAUUUUAUCAUUUUUAUAUCAAUAUUAUGUGAGUGCCUAAGAUAAAUCAUCAUUAAUGUUGUGGCUUAAAAUAUACAUUGAUAAUUAUCUCAGUUCUUCGUUUACGACUACAUCAGGUUAAACAUUUAUAAAAAAAAAUGGUCUGUCCUUUAUAUAAUUUUAUUUUUGCAUAUCUGAAGUAAUUGAAUGAUUUUUAUAAAAUAGUAAGUUUCGUAUGUUGAUUUUAUUUCUCAUACUUAAAAAAAACCGCAUAGGAUCAAAAACGUAAAUAAAUCAUACUUCAAGAAACCAGAUGACCCAAUUAAUUUUCAAAAGACAGAACCUUUCUUCAUUGAAAGUGACAAAAGGCAGAGAAAGUGAAACAAUAAAGGCGAUUUAUAAAACUAUGUGAAAGAAAUUAAGCAACAAAUUGUAGUAUUGAUUAUUUAUCUGAUCGCCAAGGGCCUAAGCCUUUCUUCAAAAUAUAACAUAAAGUCACAAUAAACACUUAGGUUAUCGGGCUUUUUAAAUUCUACUUUGAUAUUUGUUAAGUACUCAGCGAUAUAUUUUAAACAUUGAAUCUUCAUCUUUCACUUCUUUGAAGUCCUGGCACAAUUAUUACCCGUUUAACAUGUUUUGAAUUGUAUAAUAUUUUAUGAGAAGCGAGUCUUAAAUCAUUAGGUUAUCAAAAUGUUUUGACUUAACAUUUAUGUAUUAUAAAGCGUGUUUCAAAUAAGUGAAGGAUUGUCAAAAACAAAUAAUCUACGUAUUUUUAACGUUAGUAAUGCCAUAAUGACUUUGAAGUUUGUUUACCAUAAUACCCCUGAAAUCAAUCACCCUGUUCCAGUUUGUUUUACUAUGGUUUAUUCAACAGUAAUUUUUUGAUUUUGAGAAAGCACGAUGAUAACUAAAGACAGUUUUAAAUUGUUAAAGUAUUUCAAGGUUAAGAUAAGCUUUUUAUAACUUAUAAUACUGAUAUUUACAGUACAGUGAAAAAAUUACUAGUUGGGAUAAUUACAAUUUUUUUGCACUAGAUAACAGGACCAUAAUGAGGCAUUAUAUCUUUCCCUUCUACUCCUGUGUUAAAUUUUUGCUAGUAUUACGGGAUAAAAACCUUAACGUUUAUUUUUAAAACAUCGUAUUUCUAUAUACAGUGUAUAGCAGGAUAUGAAGAAUAAAAUUCCUUAAGUGUGGUAUGACAUCGUUUUAUUGCGCGUACCUUUAAGACAUUCCUCAACAAUACGAUCAUUAAUUUUUGUCGUAAUUGCCAUUUGAUUUCCACCGAAAAUUGCUUAUUAAGAGCAGACAAAAUUAAGUCUAUAGCUUCGGGGGACUGCUGUUUGUAGUUGACGUAUAAGAGAUCUCUAUCGUUCAUUAUAAUUUAUUUCUUUUUUCUUAAUGAGCAGAGCUCGUACCUAUAAAACGGGACAAGUGCACAUGUUGUGUACUUUCUUCUGGGGUCAAGACCCCGAGGACUGUUCUGUCUACAAAGGUUAAAUAUAGGAAAUAUGUGCUGAUUGUUUGUUUUUUCACCAUAAUCGUGUAAACAUAGUUUAAGUUGAAGCUUAAAAUAAACGAAAAUACGCAGUAUAAUUUGAUCAAUAUAGGGUCUUGGACGAUUUAACGAAUAAAAUCGUGGUGUUCAAUACCAAUUUUUCUACACGUUUAGGAACAAUCAUCUGGGGGGGGGGGGGCAUAUAGUUAAUCCAACAAUUUUGAUAAAUGCCUAUGUAAUACGCAUGAUCACAUGCAAAAAGUAUUUCUUGAAACGACAGUUCUGAUUAAUGUAUUUUCUCCCAUAGCAACAAGUUUAUAAUUAAUCAUCUCUGUUAAUAUUACAAACAUAUAAAAUAUAACAAAAUAACGCAAUAUAUAUAUAUUAAAAUGAGUUUAUAUUUAGCAAAAAGUUUUGAAAUAAACUUGUUUUCUUGUAUCAUACAUU